GCAGCAGCUGGUUUAGCUUGAGUCCCGCGGUGCUAAGUCUGAUCAGUGCACAGUCUCCUCAGCUUCUCCUCAGCCUCUGCUCCUCAGCCUCUGCUCCGAGAAAACCAAACACUUCGGCUGUGGGUUUGGACGGCACGCCGCGAGAAUAGAGCCUGCUCGAGCCACAGCGCGUUUUCCGUGGAAUGAGCGUUCCAUGCAGCAUCCUAGGCAUGAAUGACGUGGCCUGGCAGGAGACGAGAGGGGGGAUGCUGCAUGCCAACGGCGCUCCUGAGGGCGGAGUGGUGAGGGUGCACGGGGGAGGGCCCUUAGCCGCGGUGACAGGUGCCGCGCAGGGUCCCGGAGGGCCACACCUGCCGGGCCUGGAGCGAGGGCAGAGCCAGGGCCCGGGCACCCCGCAGCCUCCCCUCAGCGGACGCUCCCAGGACGAUGCCACGGUGGGCUAUUUUUUUCAGAGGCAGGCCGGGGAGCAGCUUGGAGGGUGCGUCCCCAGCAAGCACCGCUGGCCCACUGGCGACGCCAACCAUGUGGAUCAGGUUCGUACUGUAGAUGAGAUGAAUUAUGACUUUCAGGCACUUGCUCUGGAGUCUCGGGGAAUGGGAGAGCUUUUACCUGCAAAGAAGCUGUGGGAUUCAGAUGAGCUGGCCAAAGAUGGACGGAAGGGCAUGCUGCUGGGAGAGGAGUGGAGGGACAACGCGUGGGGCUCAUCUCAUCAUUCAGUGUCUCAGCCAAUCAUGGUCCAGCGGCGGCCAGGACAGAGUUUCCAUGGCAACGGUGAUGCCAAUUCUGUGCUCUCGCCUCGCUCAGAAGGUGGAGGCCUUGGAGUUAGCAUGGUGGAGUACGUCCUGAGCUCCUCUCCGGGUGACAAGAUCGACAACCGCUACCGGAAUGGCGGAUACGGAGGAGGAGAUGGUGAUCAGGAUGGUCGUGAGAAGAACGAUGCCCCAGAGAAAGUGUCUCCGUUCGAAGAGGACAAAAGCCCUGAGUUGAAGGUGGCAGAGGAGGUGGAUCCUGCUAAAGCCAACGGCAGAGGUCUGCUCAACGGAAUGGACCGGGACUGCAAAGACUUCAACCCGACUCCUGGCAGUCGGCAGGCCUCCCCCACUGAGGCGGUGGAGAGGAUGGGUCCCCCUCAGCCUGGUCUGGAAAUGAUGGGCCAGCCGCAUCCUCACGCUCUGCAACAGCCCAACCCCGUGCAGAACAAGCCCCCGACAGAGGACUUCCACAGCCAGGAGCCUGCCCCCAACAUGGGCAUGGAGCAGCAGCAGGGGGUGGAGUCCCUGCAGUUCGACUAUGCCGGCAACCAGAUCCAAGUGGACUCCUCCGGCACGCCAGUAGGACUGUUCGACUACAGCUCACAGCAGCAGUUGUUCCAGAGGCCAUCCCAGCUGACGGUCCAGCAGCUCACAGCAGCACAGCAGCAGCAGUAUGCUUUGGCUGCAGCUCAGCAACAGCACCUUGCUGGCCUUGCUCCUGCCUUUGUGCCAAACCCAUACAUCAUCAACGCAGCGCCCCCUGGAGCAGACCCCUACACUGCAGCUGGUCUGGCCGCAGCAGCAACUCUCGCAGGCCCCACAGUGGUCCCGCCUCAGUACUACGGAGUACCAUGGGGAGUCUACCCAGCUAACCUCUUCCAGCAACAGGCCGCAAAUACUGCCAACCACAACGCCAACCAGCAGCCGUCCAAUCAGGGACCAGCCACCGGACAGCCACAGGUGAUGCGCACAGGAGGGUCUCAGAGGCCCCUCACCCCGGGACAGGGCCAGCAGAGUCAGCAGGAGUCUUUAGCGGCUGCUGCUGCUGCCAACCCUGCACUAGCCUACACAGGCAUGCAAGGUUAUCAGGUACUGGCUCCUGCAGCGUACUAUGACCAGACUGGUGCCCUGGUGAUGGGCCCUGGAGCCAGGACAGGUCUGGGAGGUCCUGUCCGACUGGUCCAGACCCCCCUCCUCAUCAAUCCCGCAGCAGCAGCACAGGCUGCUGCCGUGUCUGCAUCGGGCUCUGGGAACAACAUGUCCGGACCUCCAGCCAAUGGCCUGUACCGCUCCAUGCCUCAGCCCCAGCCCCAGCCCCCUCAGCAGCCCCCUCCUCCCAGCAGUGGCCUGCCCUCUUCCUCCUUCUACGGCUCUGGUUCUAUGCCCAACACAUCCCAGAGCAGCUCCCUGUUUUCACACAACUCUGCCCCUCCACACAGCUCCUCCCUGGGCUUCAGCAGCACCGGGGGUUCCCUCGGUGUGGGGCUGGGGUCAGCUCUGGGGGGCUUUGGGUCCUCUGUGUCCAGCUCGAGCAGCAGCAGUGUGACCAGGCGGGACUCUCUUCUGGCCACUUCAGACCUGUACAAGCGCGGGGGCAGCAGUCUGACGCCCAUCGGACAGCCCUUCUACAACAGCCUGGGCUACUCCUCCUCCCCGAGCCCCAUCGGCCUCACCCCGGGACACUCUCCGCUCACUCCUCCCCCCUCACUGCCCUCCUCGCAUGGCUCCUCCUCCAGUCUGCACCUCGGAGGCUUAACCAAUGGCAGUGGGCGCUACAUCUCUGCUGCCCCCGGUGCCGAGGCAAAGUAUCGCAGCGCGGGUGGCACGUCCAGCCUGUUUAACUCCAGCAGCCAGCUCUUUCCUCCCUCCCGACCCCGCUACAGCCGCUCUGACGUCAUGCCCUCCGGACGCAGCCGCCUCCUGGAAGACUUCAGGAACAACCGCUUCCCCAACCUGCAGCUCAGGGACCUGCCUGGGCACAUGGUGGAGUUCUCCCAGGACCAGCACGGAUCCAGGUUUAUCCAACAGAAGCUGGAGCGGGCCACCCCUGCUGAGAGGCAGAUGGUGUUCGGGGAGAUUUUACAAGCGGCAUAUCAACUCAUGACUGACGUCUUUGGGAACUAUGUCAUUCAGAAGUUCUUUGAGUUCGGCAGCUCGGAGCAGAAACACGCCCUGGCCACUCGUAUCCGUGGACACGUGCUGCCUCUGGCCUUACAGAUGUACGGUUGCCGGGUCAUCCAGAAAGCUCUGGAGUCCAUCUCCUCUGAGCAGCAGGUAAUUAGUGACAUCGUGCGAGAGCUGGAUGGACACGUGCUCAAGUGUGUGAAGGACCAGAACGGCAACCACGUGGUGCAGAAGUGCAUCGAGUGUGUGCAGCCCCAGGCCCUACAGUUCAUCAUUGACGCCUUCCAGGGACAGGUGUUUGUGCUGUCCACUCAUCCAUACGGCUGUAGAGUGAUCCAGAGGAUCUUGGAGCACUGCACUCAGGAGCAGACCCUGCCCAUCCUGGAGGAGUUGCACCAGCACUCGGAGCAGCUGGGACAGAAAUAUCAAGGCGUUUCAUUGGAGAUGACCCCCAAAUCAUAUUAUUCAGUGUCCCGUGACGCACUGUUCAAGGACCAGUAUGGGAACUACGUGAUCCAGCACGUGUUGGAGCACGGCCGGCCCGAAGACAAGAGCAAGAUCGUGGCCGAGGUGCGAGGGAAGGUGCUGGUGCUGAGCCAGCACAAGUUUGCAAGUAAUGUGGUGGAGAAGUGUGUGAUCCACUCGUCACGAGCUGAGAGAGCUCUGCUGAUUGACGAGGUGUGCUGCCAGAAGGAUGGGCCCCACAGCGCCCUCUACAGCAUGAUGAAGGACCAGUACGCCAACUACGUGGUGCAGAGGAUGAUCGACAUGGCAGAGCCCGCCCAGCGCAAAAUCAUCAUGCACAAGAUCCGGCCCCACAUUGCCACGCUGCGCAAAUACACCUACGGCAAGCACAUCCUGGCCAAGCUAGAGAAGUACUACAUGAAGAGCGGCUCCGAGCUGGGGCCCAUCGGGGGGCCCGCCAACGGCCUCAUGUGAACUGACCCGACAGACACGAGCUGAGCCCCCUCCCCACUCUGCUCUCUCCACACGCACACACACACACACGCAGACCUACCAAAAACUCAUGUAAGAACGCUGUGAUCCUGCCCAAUCCUCAGGCGGGCCCAUUCUGGCUAAAGCACAUUGUAAUUGAUGUAACUGACUGGUUUUGAAUAAUAUUGUACAUUUUUUUUUAUUACCUAACAGUGUAAAUUCUCUGUAGAAAGUUGGUAAAAAUAUUUGGUGAAAUUCUUACAUUUUAAACACCAGCAAGCGACUUUUGGGGUGCAGUUGAGAUAAUUCCACUUUUUGUACGACGCCGGUGUUCAAAAUGGCUACAGUAUAUUUGUAUGUGAUUUUAAGCAUGAAGCGAUUCCAUGCCAAAGCAGCUGCAGAAUUAGCACUAUGUAUAAAAAAAUUGUCAGAUUAUUCCGAACAAUGAUUUUCUAGCUAGACUUGAAUGGUGCUUUCAAUCAACAUGGACGCUAACUGUAGCUUUGUCUUGCAUUGUUAGCUACUUUGGGAGAAGCUAGUUUUAUUUGAAAGUAUUUACUACUAAAAUACAAUGUAAAAAAAAAAAACUGAGCUAAUUUUUCGUAGAUGCAAGACAAAGCCUCCGUUAACGUCACUUCAUUUUCCAGAAUAGUUUGUACAGUUACACAAAUCGACCACAAGGGGGCUCUCCUUAUAUCCCGCUGGAGAGGUUUAUGCAAGUUUAAGCGCAUGCGGUGACGAGGUUUUAUAAUCGUAGGAAUGAUUCGGAAUUCCCAACGCUUUUUAUCAUGUUUUUGUCCGAUCUUGUAGUUUUUCGAAAAAAAAAAAAAAAAAUGGAAAGAAUCAUUCGUGUUGUAGCUUUAGUGUUGUAUCGCUUCUUUGUAACCUGUCGCUUUUCGAGGGAUUUUAAGAUGGACAACCCUGCCGCCUGAAGCUGGAGAAUUUUGAAAAAUAAUUACUAGAACGUGAAUGUGAAGUUAAGCUAUUUUAACUGGUGGUUUUAACUUUUUUUAAAAUUUGGGUGAGAAAGUGCUAAGUUGGAGGCGGCUGGGGCCAUCGUGCAGUAGCUGUUUUAAAUCAGUGGGUUUUUUCUUGCAUAAUUGUAGAUUCCAUGUAGUAUAUGUGCAGUUAAGUGUAAAAUAUUGCUAGUUGUGGUGUUUGGACAGGCCUUGCUUAUAUAAGACUUUGUAGUGAUGCUUUGGAUCAGUUUCUGUACAGUUGUACAUUUGUAAACCACGUUGUUGUAAAUUGUCUUUUACUAAACUUUUUGGGGAGGCAAAAUUUGUGCAUUUCGACGUAAGUGUGUAUAUUCACCACUCCUUUGACCCCAUUUUGAAUAUAAUGUAUACAGUUUUAUCAUCAAGUUUUAUUUUGAAAGAUUUUAUGGAUCUGGCAUGAUUUUUUUAAACCCUUAUUUUGAAAGGCCGGCCUCUCGCUUUGUACCAUCUCCUGUUGAUAGUGUUUUAACGUGUGACGUACAUUUUCUCUUCGAUCGAUGCUCUGCUCUUCACAGGAAACGAUGAUAUAAUAUUUUUGUACAGAUAAAUUGAGGCACUGUUCUUUUGAAAGCAGCUGCCGAGACCUUGUAAAAGCAAAAAGCAUUGUAAAAUAUUGUGCAUUUAUAAAUAUGAAGCUAUGAGUUAGUCACACUGUCAGUGGUGUACAUUUUCAGGUGGCCUUAUGUACAUUUACAGAUGUUAGAUGAAGAAGCGGCUCAUUUUUCAAAGCAAAUUGUGACUAUGUACAAUUAAACUGUUCUCUAACAUUUGAA